GGUCAGCAUUAGCGUCGUCAAGCAGAGAAGAGAAGAGAACCAUCGAGAGAGAAAGAGGAAGACACACGAACACUUCAAUGGCGGUCAAAGUCUACAUUGUUUACUACUCCAUGUAUGGGCAUGUAGAGAAACUAGCAGAAGAAGUAAAGAAAGGUGCUGCGUCUGUGGAGGGUGUUGAGGCCCAAUUAUGGCAGGUACCUGAGACUCUGCCAGACGAGGUGCUUGGCAAGAUGAGUGCGCCACCAAAGAGUGAUGUACCAGUAAUUACACCCAAUCAACUCGCUGAGGCUGAUGGCUUUGUUUUUGGCUUCCCAACAAGAUUCGGAAUGAUGGCCGCUCAAUUCAAAGCCUUUCUUGAUGCAACUGGAGGUUUAUGGAGAACACAACAGCUUGCAGGUAAGCCUGCCGGAAUCUUCUACAGCACUGGCUCGCAAGGUGGUGGACAAGAGACUACAGCGUUGACUGCUAUUACUCAACUGGUUCAUCACGGCAUGAUAUUUGUUCCCAUUGGAUAUACAUUCGGCGCCGGCAUGUUUGAGAUGGAGCAGGUGAAAGGUGGGAGUCCUUAUGGUGCAGGGACUUAUGCCGGUGAUGGAUCAAGACAGCCAUCUGAGCUUGAGUUGGAGCAAGCAUUCCACCAAGGGAAGUACAUCGCCGCCAUCACAAAGAAGCUCAAGGGAUCUGCAUAAUGAUGUUAAGUCAACAUAGACAUAACAUUCAUCAAAGGAACAAAGAUUAAAGUCAUUGCCUUAAUUCAAAGUUCUUGCCCAAUUUUUUUCGUAGCACCAGAAUCUAUCAAUUUGCAUUCUUCUAUAUGCUUGUCAAUAAUAAUGUCCGUGAAUCUAGCUUUGUAUGCGUGAUUCAUGGUGGUUUCCGUUUGUUGAUUAGGAAAGUUUGCUUUUCUUGUUUUCUUCAUUGGUUUCAAAUAUCUUUGUCCCUUCAAUUAAUUGUACUCCCUUGAGUUUUUUAAUGCCAAUACGUGAAAAAGAAAUUUAUUGUGUGCA